UCUAUUAUUUUCACAAUUUUCCCCCAAAUCUCUCUCUUCUCUCACUUCCCCAGAUUUAGCCCUAAGCCGUUACUUCUCUCUCUCUCUGCAUUUUCCCGGGAAAAAGUUACCAAAGUUUUCGUUGUAUGGUCAAUUGUUCUUCAAUAGACCUUCCUUCCUUCUCUCUUUUCUCCAGAAACACCAAAUCGGCGUAUCCCUUCCGUGUUGACCAGAUCGGACGAAGCGAAUUCCACCAUGCGCUGAGAGAGGCCAAAGGAAGAAGAACUUCUCUUUUUUUUUUUUUUUUUUUUUUUGAUCUGGUGGUGGGGUGAUAAAUGGGGUUUUUGAAUAUCGUUUUACUCGUGGCCAUGAUUCUCAGCUUCCAUGCCUUCCUCCUUGCUCAAUCGCAACAGCAAGAUCAAGAUCAAGAUCAAGAUCGACGCCAAUCUCAAUCCUCUCCUCCGCCUUCAUUUUGGGAGUCCCAAUCUCCUCCUCAGUUCAAUACCCCUCCUCCGCCUCAAUCCACCGUUGGCAUUAUGUCUCCUCCGCCUCCACCCUCUCCAUCACCUCCUCCGAAUGAGCUAGCUUCUCCCCCGCAGUCUCAUAGAAACAAACCACGGAGGUUACGGCCGCCACCUCCUCCGCCUGUACGGACCUUCAAGCAGUCGGAGAAAAGCAGCGGGUUAAACACCGGGAAGAUCGUGGGUCUGGUGUUCGCUGGGAUCGCAGCAUUGCUGCAGAUUUGCGUCGUUGCCUUGUUGGUUUUCAAGAGAAAUCAGCUUUUGAGGAUGACUCAUACUUAUUGAUUUGGGGGAGAAUAUAUAUAUAUUUAAUUGAAUUUUCAUUCAUUGCCUGGAAAAACACACACCCUUUUUGAGACGAUCAACGACGAUACUUUCUUGGAUCAUGAACAUCUUCCUCUGUAAAUGAUGCCCACAUUCUUGAUUUGUCAUUCUUUUUCUUUCUAUUCUCUCUGAAUUUUCUUGGUUUUGUGUAGUUUUUUUUUUUUUUUUUCAUUUACAUUCCCCUAACGAGAUAUGCUAACCAGAGUCAAAACAGAGAGGUCGAUGGAAAAGAGAUUAUGGUCAUGUAUAAUUUUGUUUUUAAGGCGAU